AGGAGGAACAAGAAGCUGAAGCAGGCGCUGCUGGAGCGCUUGGAGGAGGUCAAGUCCCAGCGGGAGCGAGGGCUGGGAGAGACCAGGGCCUGCUGGGACACCGUCAAGGAAACCAUCAGUAACAUUAACAGCAACUUGACCAUGCUGAACAGCUCUGUGGUCAUGCUGGGACACACCAUGGACACUCUGCUGGGCGCCAUCGAGAAGCUUGAUAAGAUAGAUAAGAUAAAGAAGGAGGGCGCGCUGUGAUCACGAUAAGAUAAGGAGG